AUGAGAACAGAACAGGGACAGAAACUUGGAAAAGGACCCGAAGAAGUAAAGCUUGAAAAUGCCAGUAAACAGAUUGUAGAAACUGUCAUCUUACAAGCUGUUCAGCAAAUAUCUGAAGAAGACAAGAAAAAAGAAAAUCAACAAAAUAGGAGUGUGGGACAAACAGUAGCAACAAGACGAGUCAACACAAGUCAUGAAAAGCAAUAG